CUUGAGUUGCACGCACCUCCCGCCUCAGCCGCCAUGGACAUCCAAACGGACCGCCGGGCGCCGCUGAUGGCCGGGGGAGCGGCGGCGCUGGCAGCGUUGCGGGCCGGGCCACGGCCCAACGUGGAGCGGAUCCUGGAACUCUCGGACUUGGAAGGAUCUCAAUCGCCGGUCGAUGAGGCCUCGCCCAUUGUAGAGCAGGAUCUGGCCCUUCAGGAUGUCACAUCCGACGAGGAGGCGGUGAAAGCACGCAGCUCGUGGUUUGGGGCUGCCAGCUUUGCCAGCUUCAAGCGAAGAUUCAUGCUUGACAUGAAGCGGGCCUGCAUCAUUUGCCUCACCGAGAAGGAGCACACGCUCGUGCCGCCCCAUACGCCGCGGGAGAUUUCAGCGCAAACUCCUGCUCAAUCCUCUGUUGAAGAUCAUCGCUUCUGCACGGACUGCUGGGAGGACUUCCUUCGGCACGCGCGGCGUGCAAAGCUGAGCUCCAUGAUUUGCCCGGUCUGUCGCGGCGAGAUUUCCGUCCCGGAGGUUUGGAGCAAGCGGCUUGAACUGCCGCAGCGCUGGGCGCAAGAAGAGGAGCCAGAGAGCGCUCCUUUGCCGCUGCCAGUGGUGUCUGUGCCCCACUUUGACUCGCGGUGGCUUUGGAGGCCGGCACACGUCUCCCUGUGGGCCUGGCGUCGCAUAGGUUGCGGACGCGAAGUGGCGAUGCAGCAGCAGGCUCCGAUGCUUGAGGAGGCAGAGGUUGGAAGAAGCUGCACUUGGCGUGCGGCAUUGGCGAUGUUUCUGGCAACGCUUCUUAUUGCGAUGGUUUGCACGAUGGCUUUCCGCUUGCCAUAGCGGGCUGCAAGGCCGCACUGCUUCGUCCAAGCUCUGUUGCCGAUGUAGGCACCAGGAACCAAGGGGAAGCUUUGCCUUGAGUGCAAGGAGCUUAGUUCCCUUUCAGCACCUGAGCUUUUAACAAGUUCAAGGCUGGCAGGAAUAGAGCCUGUCCUUUGUACAGAUACCAUGUUACCUGCUGAAAGCAGUACUCGGCGGACUGGGACGGCGG